UUGAUGUCAUUUGCCAUUCUACGGAUCUGUACAUGAACAUUUUGCGAAAUUUUUUAAUGCAAAAAUGUGUGAUAUAAAUGAUAAUCCAAUUAAAUUAAGUGUUAAAUGGAAUGGCAAGGAAUUCGAUAUACCGGAGUUGUCGCCAUCGGAUUCCGUAGCAAUGCUCAAGAUUGCUAUCGAAAAUGCCACGGGUGUUCGACCGGAAAGACAAAAACUUCUUAAUGUAAAAUAUGAAGGUAAAGUGGCAAAAGACAACUGCACCUUAGCAGACUUGAAUCUAAAGCCAAACUUAAAAAUUAUGAUGAUGGGUUCUCUGGAACAAGCUAUAGAAGGUGCUCGAACAAAACCUGAUGUUGGAGAUGAUGUUGUCAAUGACCUGGAUAUUGAAGAGGAAGAAGUUGAUGUUGAGAACCAAGAGAUAUAUUUAGCUAAAAUAAACAAGAGAGUUCGAGAUUAUAAGAUAAAUGUAUUGAAUGAACCCAGACCUGGAAAGAAAUUACUUGUUCUUGACAUAGAUUACACACUGUUUGACCAUAGAUCAGUUGCUGAGACUGGUUAUGAAUUGAUGCGACCUUUCUUACAUGAAUUUCUAACAUCUGCUUACGAAGACUAUGACAUAGUGAUAUGGUCGGCAACUGGUAUGAAAUGGAUAGAGGAGAAGAUGAGACUGUUAGGAGUAUCCACCCAUCAGGAGUACAAGAUUAUGUUCUAUUUGGACUAUUUAGCUAUGAUUACAGUGCAUACAACUAAAUAUGGUACUAUUGAUGUAAAACCAUUAGGCGUUAUCUGGGGAAAAUAUCCACAAUACAGUCCAAAGAAUACAAUAAUGUUUGAUGACAUCCGAAGAAACUUCAUCAUGAAUCCAAAGAGCGGUCUCAAAAUCAGACCGUUCAGACAAGCACAUCUAAACAGAGACAGGGAUAGAGAACUAGUCCAUUUAUCAACAUAUCUGAGAGAGAUAGCACAAUACUGUGAUGAUUUUGACCAAUUAAAUCAUAAGAAAUGGGAGAAAUACAAGCCUGAUAGGAAUAGAACACAACAUGCGGGUAGUAAGAGAAAAGCCGAAGAUAGUACUCCAAGUACCCCGAAAGAAUGACGGUAGUUCCACAAAUUGAUACUACCGCCCCCAUUUGGCAGGUGGCGCAAUCUCGAAUCGCCUUAUCGCUUAGAAGACUGCAAUAUUUUUACAAGGAUAUGUAAUGUGAGUAGAACGCAAUGUUUUAUCGUUAAAAAAAAUAUAUUUAAUCUGCGGCUAGUUCAAUUUAAUGUCACAAAUUUUGUUUCAUAGCAGAGUUUUUGUCCUUGAUACAACUUACAUAUAUUGGUAAAUAAAUUCAAAGAUAUGUGUGAAGUCAACCCGCACUGGACUAGACUUCUAUUUGGGUAGAAUCCUGUCCUUUGGUGGGGGAAUUAUUUGAACUGACGAUGUUUUUUGUCCUAAAUAUAUGGCCAUUUCUACCAAAAUUUAGGAUAAUAGUGAUACAAAAAUUAAUUUUGGUUUUCCUAACAAUAG